GACAACUUGAAGAUAGGAUUUCUUGUGAAGGCAGAGGAAUAUAAGACGGAGUCUUCCAUAAUGAAUUGUGACAGGGACGGCGUUGGCUCGGGAUUGGAGCGGGACUGCUGUUGCUUUUUUGACAUGUGAUUGACUCGGACCUGGACGCCGGGGCUUUUCGAGGGGAUUUUUCUCUUCCCCUCCUCCAAUACAGUGCAAUCAAAACGGUCUUCAUGCAUCAGUCGCUACUUCUCAACGGUCUGACACAGCCACGUGCUAUUCACCGUGGCCUGAUAAUAGCAAGCGAAGACUCAACACUUUCCUGCCCACCUGCGUCAGAUAUACGCAUCUCGCAGAGUCCCUUCGCCCGCACAGCGUGCACCCCCUCCCCCAUAUCUUGUCAAUCGUUGCAGACGGCAUUUGAUUGUCGACAUGGUGAUAAUGGAUGAUCAGACACCUUUACAGGACACAAUGGUCUAUCCCCAGGCUUUUACUGUUCUUUUCCCCGUCAUCCCAGCAUCUCUCCGGCGGCGGCUGCCCAGCCUGUACUCUUCGAUUCAACGAUCGGUUAGCUCAGGUGUCGUGCCCAACAUCAAGGCGAAUGCGGUUGCUGAAGGGUCGGGUGUUUCGCUACACUCGCGCAUGCCGUCAGCCUCGACCAUUCCGGAACUAGAGUGCUUUAAGUCCCUUCCUGACUCACUUACUGGGAACUUUUACCCACGCCCUGCGACAGCCGAUAGUUCGAGCAACGAACGAGACUCAUGCGUGUCAUCUGUAUCAGGAAAGGCGCCAGAUAUGACGGAGAUCAGUACUUUCGAGGAUGGUAGAUAUGGUGAUGCCUUCGGUGUAUCAUCAACGUCGAGGUUCGAAGCGGAGUCGGGAUUGCGGUGGAAUAGAGUAAUACCUGCACUUAGUCUUCUCCGGAACGCAGGGUAUGAAGCGCAACAGCCCCGAUGUGACGGCAGGCUAGCCCGCUCAUUGUACAUCAAUGCAAUGGGAUAUUUACUUGAUGCUCUACCUGCAGAACUGACCCACGAUGAGCUGGCGACCAUCCGACAUAACUUGCCGUUGAGUCUUCAGUCAUCCGUUCCAGUGCUAGGCGAGGCAAGCCACGCGGCAACCAGCUUCACAAGUCCGAACACAAAUCCAGACACAAACCGACUCCCCCUCAAAUCCAGGAGGUCAAUGCUUCACCGCUUGUUGGCGUUCAUCAUCAUCCAACUCUUUGUCCUCAUGCGAUACAUCAUCCCGUAUCUGAAGCUACUCCUGGCGCGAGUCUAUCAGUAUGAGCGCUCUCAUCGGGUCACCGAGCGCGUCAUUACCACGACCCUGGACACGGUGGAUAGCUGGGGUAAGAGGAGUGUGAGCUUAGGGUCAGCUGUCUUAGGUCUUUACGAGGGGAGGGUACGCGCAACUGUGGUCAAUGUCACCGAUUGGUGGGUUGAAGGUAUCGCGGGUGGUAUCUAUGAGGGCGUAGGAGAGGGCAUGACGGUUCUGGGGCUCAUUCAGCCGACCCCAUGCAAAACUCGAGAGGGGCCAUCACUGCAGGCAGUGAAAAAGGAACUCUGACAUGACGUGAGGAGGCGGUCUGCGGCUACGGCGAAAUUCUUUUGUUUGCGUUCUUGAAGCACUUACUGCAAGCGUUGAGGUUUUAAGCAUGUAUAGACAUAGACCAUCGAUUUAUGACAUGAGAAUGAAG